AUGCAAGUCGUAAUCGAUGCUUACGAACAAUACGUCAAAGAGAGUCCUUGGUACGCGGCCUGGUACAUCAGCUCGGAUAGGGAUGACCUCUACAUCAAUGACCCUGAAACCCUGCCAGAGGACGAGUACGGAUUCCAUCGCAUCCAGUUCCCAUUUGUACACCCGGUUUCUUAG